AUGGCCGUCAAGCUCGCCCCCGUGCUCGCGGAGUUCGUCGCUUUGCUCCUCUUCGUCUUCAUCUGCUGCGGCUGCGCGACGGGCGUCGCCGGCGAGGCCGGCUGGGUCCAGCAGGUGUCGCUGACCUUCGGCCUCUGCAUCACGGUGCUCGCCUACACGAUCGGCCACUACUCCGGCGGCCAGAUCAACGGCGCCGUGACCGUGGGCCUCAUGGCCGCGGGCGAGCUCGAGCCCCUCCAGGGCGUCUGCAACAUCUUCGGCCAGCUCUGCGGCUCCCUCGUCGGCGCGGGCCUGCUCGGCGCGAUGGUCAAGAAGGAGAGCGACCUCACGGGCGGCCUCGGCUCCAACGGCGUCGGGUCCGGCUUCAGCAACUCCCAGGCCCUGCUCGGCGAGAUCGUCAUGACCUUUUUGCUCAUGUACGUCGUCCUCGAGACCGCCGUGUCGAAGACGAACAACAAGGGCGACUUCGCGCCGAUCGCCAUCGGCUUCGCGGUCUACCUCGGCCACGUCGUCCUCAUCCCCAUCGACGGCUGCUCCAUCAACCCGACGCGCUCCUUCGGCCCCGCCGUCGUCGCCACGGUCCAGGACCGCGGCUCGAAGCACUUCGAGGACUUCUGGGUCUUCGUGCUCGGCCCCGUCAUCGGCGCGCUCCUCGCGGUGGCCCACUUCAAGGCCAUGACCAAGGCCGCGCCGGAGGUCCCGCCGGAGGACACGAAGAUCGAGCUCCCGAGCCGCGACGAGGAGGCCUAG